CUGCCCUACGCGCUGGGCGGCGGCUACGUGCUCUCGGCCGACCUGGUGCGCUACCUGCGCGUCAGCCGCGAGUAUCUGCGCGCCUGGCACAGCGAGGACGUGUCGCUGGGCGCCUGGCUGGCGCCCGUGGACGUGCAGCGCGAGCACGACCCGCGCUUCGACACGGAGUACAGGUCCCGCGGCUGCAGCAACCAGUACUUGGUGACGCACAAGCAGAGCCUGGAGGACAUGCUGGAGAAGCACCGGACCCUGGCGCGCGAGGGCCGGCUGUGCGCGCGGGAGGUGCAGCUGCGCCUGUCCUACAUUUACGACUGGUCCGCGCCACCCUCGCAGUGCUGCCAGCGGAGGGAAGGCAUCCCCUGAGCGCGCGCGGCAGCGGACGGCCUCGCAGGGCGGGACCCCACCUGCCGCCCGUGGCCUGCCGGCGGCCUCUACAUCUGGACCGAGGAGAUCGGGGGUUGCCAGCACAGUGUGGCCCGCGGAGAGUGUCCGGUCGCAGGCUUCAGCCCGCAUGAGCCCAGCCUGGCCAUGGUCUCUGAGGAAAGCAGAACGGAACCUUCCCCCCGCCCAGGCACCCCCGGAGCCGUUCUGGGGCUCACCAUCCACCUGGCGACUGCACAGAGACCCGGCCGCCACCCGGACACUCUCGUGGCUCCCGUGGAACUCGUCCGACGCGCCUCCGUUUAAGAUCGGACUUGGCUGCUCAUUGGGCCUCGCGCCGUCUGCGUCUCUCUCCAGGGCAUUCAUGUACAUGUCAUCGGUGUUUGCUUGUGACCUAGUCACGGAUAUUGUACGUGUGUGUAGAUAAGAGUUUAAGUUGGAAUGCGGGUGUCCGUGGAUUUUAACUUAUUUUUAAAAAGACUUUUGUAUCAGAACUUGGGGUUUGUGGGUUAAGUUAAUCCAUCUGUGCUUGAGCUGCCGGCCCGCUGCUGUGGGUAAACACGGAAGAAUCUUAAAACUGCC